ACGAGUUAUGAUUUAUAUAUAGCUUUGCUCCUUAGAGUACUGUAGGUUUUGACAUGUUGGACACAUAAAUUGCUUCUGCGUUUUCGCGCAGCCUUCUCCAUUUAAAGACCUUGUUGAAAAAUAUGUCCUCUGGUCCAAAGGAACGUGAAGAAAAGGAGCCAAAUUCAGAGCAAGAGGAUCGUGUAUAUGCAACCCCAGAAGAAAUUGAACUAAACGAGCAUACGGCUGGAAACAACGAGGUUGAUUUAGAGUCGGAAGAGGAAACCGAUAUUGAAGAUGAGAAUGAUUUUUUGAGCAAAGAUUCAAAACUCUCAAACGAAAAUGUUCACAACGUCGAUCAUGCUGACGUCUCCAUGGAAGAGGGGACUGCAAAGGAUGAGUUGAAAACAUCAAGGUUGGGGAGAAAAAGGAAAGAAAGAGCAAGGUCAAAAGAAGGGAGGUCUUCUUCCCAAAAGGACGGUGAUGAUAAUGAUGAAUCAGACGACAGUGAUUCAGAUGAGGAGCCUGACCUUUUGCAUUCUGCUGAAAGUGACUCUGAUGAUGAGCAGCAUACCACUUUUGAAGCUAAAACAUUUGAAAGUUUAGGGAUUUCAUUGAAUAAAAGUAAAUGUACAUGGAAAAGCCAUAACAGUUUACGUACUAGAGAGCUGGGUUUGAGUAAACCAUAUUUGUUUACAAGGAAUGUAGCAGGUUCAUUAAACAUGAUUCAGAAAUUUAAGUUGGAGAGAAAACUUGAAUAUCAUGGUGGAUGUGUGAAUACCCUGAAUUUUAAUGAAACAGGAGAUGUGUUAGUGUCAGGAAGCGAUGACUUAAAUGUUGUGCUAUGGGACUGGGCCAGUGGAAAGAAGAAAUUUCACUAUGAAAGUGGUCACACAGGAAAUGUGUUCCAGGCUAAAUUUAUGCCCAACACAAACAACAGCACUGUAGUAACAUGUGCAAGGGAUGGUCAGGUCCGUGUGGGAUACUUAUCUUCUAUUGGUUCCUGCAGUAGAACAAAGCGUCUUGCUCAACACAGAGAUGGAGCGCACAAGCUAAGUAUUGAACCUGGUUCACCAAAUGUUUUAUUGACAUGUGGAGAAGAUGGACAAGUGAUUGAGAUAGAUUUAAGAAUUGACAGUGGAUAUAGGCGGCUUCUUUGUCGCAGUGAUAAAGAGGCGAAGAUUCCUCUUUAUUCGAUAUUCAUUAACCCAAUUAAACACGAAGAAUUUGCUGUUGGUGGGAGAGAUCACCGAUGUAGAGUGUAUGAUCGAAGGCACAUGAAGCAGGAUAUCAAGGAAAAGAUAAAAACUGUAAAAGAAUACUAUCCAAGUGAAUUUGAGAACAAAGAUGUCUUUAUCAAUAUCACUUGCCUGGUAUACUCUCACGACGGUUCAGAACUGCUAGUGAGCUACAACGACGAAGAUAUCUACUUGUUCAAUGUAAAUACCAGUUCUAAUGCUGAAUAUACUCACAAAUACAAGGGGCAUAGAAAUAAUAUGACAGUGAAAGGAGUGAACUUUUAUGGUCCACGAAGUGAGUUCGUUGUUAGUGGGAGCGACUGUGGCCAUGUUUUCAUAUGGGAUAAAGAAACAGAAAGCAUAGUUCAGUUACUUGAGGGAGACGUGGCUGGAGUGGUGAACUGUUUGGAACCACAUCCUUACUAUCCCUUAUUAGCCACAAGCGGUCUUGAUCAUGACGUCAAAAUCUGGGCCCCCACGUCAAAUGAACCAGUCGAUUUUAGCAAAAUUGAAUCGGUUGUUCUCGCGAAUGAUAAAGAAAGGGACGAGGAAAGAAGGCAGACAGAUUAUCCAUUGAAUGGUGAUCUACUCAUGUUUAUGGUCAACCACAUUGCUAGGCGGCGCUUUCGUAGAGCACAGGGAGAUCCAGAAGAUGAAGAUGGUGAAGACGAAUCAAGUUCGGAAGAAGAUGGUGAACGCGUGCAAUGCUAUCCCUCGUAAUCGCAAACAAACCUAUAUUGUGUGAAAGUGAAAAUUCUUAGAGAAUUCAUAUUAAAUGUUAAGUGCAGAAUAUUUAGGUAGCGUUCAGCACAGACCAGCAAUUAAGUUUCCGUCAAUAUGUCUCCUGUAUACACGGCAAAAACUAUCCUUGAAAAGGAGACUGUCCAAAACAUAGCUAAAUUAUAUAUUUCAUUUCCUUAUAGCUAGCUAUUCAUUACGUUGUUAAUACAUAGAGCGGUAUAAAGCUAGUCGCUGGUGAAUCUAAAACUAUAGGUACUGUAUAUGAACACAUGAUCAACGAAACCAGUAAUAAGGAAAUGUGUGCUCGUCUGCACGUACUGACUCCUUGCCAUGAUGUAAUCAUAUAUUAGAAGGAAAGGUUUGCUUGCAGUGCGUCAGUGUUGAAGUUAUAAGUUUGUAGAGAAUUGGAAGAAAUAAAUUUUCAGUAGUUUUCA